GGGAGUUCAGACCUAGAUCUUUCCAGUUAAUCACACAACAAACUUAGCUCAUCGCAAUAAAAAGCUGCUCAGAGCCGACUGGUUCUUUUAGGCACUGAGUCGGAACAGGCUUCUCUCAGCCAGGCAUCUCGUCCAGUGGGAUCCUCCAGCGCGUCCGGCAGCACCAUGUGGGGGACCAAACUUCUGCCAGUCCUGCUCCUACAGCAUGUCCUCCUCCAUCUCCUUCUGCUUCCCAUCGCCAUCCCCUAUGCAGAAGGACAGAAGAAAAGAAGAAACACACUUCAUGAAUUCAAAAAGUCAGCAAAGACUACUCUAAUUAAAGAAGACCCAUUACUGAAGAUAAAAACAAAAAAAAUGAACACUGCAGACCAAUGUGCCAAUAGAUGUAUUAGGAAUAAAGGACUUCCAUUCACUUGCAAGGCUUUUGUUUUUGAUAAAGCGAGGAAACGAUGCCUCUGGUUCCCUUUCAAUAGCAUGACAAGUGGAGUGAAAAAGGAGUUUGGUCAUGAAUUUGAUCUCUAUGAAAACAAAGACUACAUUAGAAACUGCAUCAUUGGUAAAGGAGGUAGCUACAAGGGAACCGUAUCUAUCACUAAGAGUGGCAUCAAAUGCCAGCCCUGGAAUUCCAUGAUCCCACAUGAACACAGCUUUUUGCCUUCGAGCUAUCGGGGUAAAGACCUACAGGAAAACUACUGUCGAAAUCCUCGAGGGGAAGAAGGGGGACCUUGGUGUUUCACAAGCAAUCCAGAGGUACGCUACGAAGUCUGUGACAUUCCUCAGUGUUCAGAAGUUGAAUGCAUGACCUGCAAUGGGGAAAGUUAUCGAGGUCCCAUGGAUCAUACAGAAUCAGGCAAGAUUUGUCAGCGCUGGGAUCAUCAGACACCACACCGGCACAAAUUCUUGCCAGAAAGAUAUCCCGACAAGGGCUUUGAUGAUAAUUAUUGCCGCAAUCCUGAUGGCAAGCCCAGGCCAUGGUGCUAUACUCUUGACCCUGACACCCCCUGGGAGUACUGUGCAAUUAAAAUGUGCGCUCACAGUACUAUGAAUGACACAGAUGUCCCUAUGGAAACAACUGAAUGCAUUCAAGGUCAAGGAGAAGGUUACCGGGGCACCAUCAAUACUAUUUGGAAUGGAAUUCCAUGUCAGCGUUGGGGUUCCCAGUAUCCUCACCAGCAUGACAUAACUCCUGAAAAUUUCAAGUGCAAGGACCUAAGAGAAAAUUAUUGCCGAAAUCCAGAUGGAGCUGAGUCACCCUGGUGUUUUACCACUGAUCCAAACAUCCGAGUUGGCUACUGCUCCCAAAUUCCAAAAUGUGAUGUGUCAAGUGGACAAGAUUGUUAUCGUGGGAAUGGCAAAAAUUAUAUGGGCAGUUUAUCCAAAACCCGAUCUGGACUAACAUGUUCAAUGUGGGAGAAGAACAUGGAAGACUUGCACAGGCAUAUCUUCUGGGAGCCAGAUGCUAGUAAACUGAAUAAGAAUUACUGCCGGAAUCCUGAUGAUGAUGCCCAUGGUCCCUGGUGUUACACGGGAAAUCCCCUCAUUCCAUGGGAUUAUUGUCCUAUUUCUCGUUGUGAAGGUGAUACCACACCUACAAUAGUCAAUUUAGACCAUCCUGUAAUAUCUUGUGCCAAAACAAAACAAUUACGAGUUGUAAAUGGAAUUCCAACGCGAACUAAUGUAGGAUGGAUGGUUAGUUUGAAAUACAGAAAUAAACAUAUCUGUGGAGGAUCAUUGAUAAAGGAAAGUUGGAUUCUUACUGCAAGACAAUGUUUCCCUUCUCGAAACAAAGACUUGAAAGAUUAUGAAGCUUGGCUUGGGAUUCAUGAUGUCCAUGGAAGAGGUGACGAGAAACGCAAACAGGUUCUAAAUGUUUCCCAGCUGGUAUAUGGACCUGAAGGAUCAGAUCUGGUAUUACUGAAGCUUGCUAGGCCUGCUGUCCUGGAUGAUUUUGUUAGUACAAUCGAUUUACCUAAUUAUGGAUGCACCAUUCCUGAAAAAACCACUUGCAGUGUUUAUGGCUGGGGUUAUACUGGAUCUAUCACCUCUGAUGGUCUAUUACGAGUAGCACAUCUCUAUAUUAUGGGAAAUGAGAAAUGCAGCCAAUACCAUCAAGGGAAGGUGACUCUGAAUGAGUCUGAAAUAUGUGCUGGAGCUGAAAAUAUUGUAUCAGGACCAUGUGAGGGAGAUUAUGGUGGCCCACUUGUUUGUGAACAACAUAAAAUGAGAAUGGUUCUUGGUGUCAUUGUUCCUGGUCGUGGAUGUGCCAUUCCAAAUCGUCCUGGCAUUUUUGUCCGAGUAGCAUAUUAUGCAAAAUGGAUACACAAAAUUAUAUUAACGUAUAAGAUACCACAGUCAUAGCUGAUGUAACUCUGUCUGAAUCUUCCAUCAAUAGAAUUCUCUUUUACAUGAAGAUUUCAGAGAACAUGGAAUUAAAAUGUCACUUAAAGCAAUCCUAAGACAACUACUUGAGUGUCAUGUUUGUUAAGAUACUCAUUAAUAUUUAUGGGUGUUUUCUGUUUUGUUUGUCAGUGUUAUUUUGUAAAUGUUGAAGUGAAUUAAGGUACAUGCAAGUGUAGUAACAUAUCUCCUGAAGAUACUUGAAUGGAUUAAAAAUUGCAAAGGUGUAAUUGCUGGAUGAUAAAAGAUUUAAUGGAAAAGUUCAAUUAAUCUCUACGCUGCUUUCCAAAGUUAGUUUAUGAAUAAACCAUAAGUUAAACAUUAUUUUAACCUCACAAAGACAAUUUAUGCCUUUGUCCUUAA